AUGGCAGAUUUCAGCCAUCUUGGAGGCCCCUCUGCGGAAUGGGUAGAAUUCUCAAAGCAAUUGUCACUGCCACCCCGCCCGAAUUUUACAGCCAACCUCGACAUGAAAGCCAUCCGUCAGACUAUCAAUUCUCAGAGGUUCCUCGCAAGGAAUGAAGAACUGAAAGCAAUGGUUAAUCACGGCGUCAAAUGCGAAACUAUCAUGGUUGUUACUAGUGACUAUCUCGAAAUACCUGUUCGACUGUAUACUCCGCCCAAACGAAGAAACCCUGCUUCAGUCCUUCUAUACUUUUAUGGUGGUGGCUUCUUCUCCGGAUCGCUAUCUGUAGAUGACGCUGCGUGCAUAAAUUUGGCUCGCAACUGUGGACUAGUUGUAGUCAGUGUUGGUUACCGGCUGACACCAGAAUGGAAGGCUCCAACGCAGUUCCAAGAUGCCUGGGAUGUCCGAUGCUGGGUAUUAGAGAAUGCAGAAGCUCUUGGUAUCUCUUCUACUUUCAAUCUCUAUGUAAUGGGGAUCAGCGCUGGUGCGUGUUUGGCUGCGAGCAUUGUGAUUCGGGAGAGGAUGUCAGGUGAAGCUGUUAUCAAGGGCCAAAGCCUCUGCGUACCGUGGCUGUGCCUACCCGAAAAGUUCCCUAUCGAAGAGAUUCUUCCAGGGAAAGCUUCGCCAAUGCAAUGCAGAGAUGCGGCACUACUUCCACAUAGCUGGGUUGUGAAGUAUGCAGAUAUGCUGGAUACACCGGAGUCGCAUCGUGACAGUCCAGUGAUUAAUCCCCUCUUGUUUGACGAGCAGGUUGUAACGAGCUUACCGCCUUCUCAUAUUAUGGUCUGCGGAGAUGAUCCUCUCCGCGAUCACGGCAUGCUCAUGAAGCAGAAACUUGACCGUUUGCGUGUCUCAACCAAACUUCACACGUAUCCGGGAUACCCUCACUUCUUUCGUCGGUUCCCGAAUUGUCCAGCUAAUAAAAGUUGGGAUAACGAUUUGCUAGAAGGCAUCGAAUGGAUGAUGGCGCAAUCUGAGAUGGAAAGCCAAGAAUAA